UUCCGGAAGCCCCUCAUCUGGAUUUCAAAAGCAAGGGGAACGCUAAGAACAGGUCGUACCAAAACAGAAAAAUAGUGAAGAUUUUGGUGCCCUGUCGUUCCUUCCGCUCCCAAUCGGUUCUCUCUUGGAUCAACGGCAUCUUCUGUCCUCUCUGCUACUCCACACUUAGAUCUGUAUCUUUCUAAGCUAGAAUAAUGGUGAAUGCUCGUUUGAUUGGGAUCAGUACAAUGCUUCUAUAAAGCCUAUACUGAUGAAUUUUGAGAAGAGCAUCAUAGAAGUUGAUGGGUUGCCUAUAGAACGGAGGACUAGAAGCUGGGUGACAUAAUUAUUCCUCCUUGGUCCCAGAAGAACGUGGUACAAAGAUGAACUGCUAACCAUCUAGUAUGGCUUUCUGAAAGUCUGCUGAUGAAUUUCGAGAAGAGCAUCGUGGAUGUUGAUGGAUUUCCUAAAAACAGAGGAUGAGCAGCUGGAUGAUGUAAUUGUUCCUCCUUGGUCGGAGACAAAAAAACAUGAAUGGAAAUUUGUUUAAAACUUCAAAGUGGUCACCACUUCCACUAAGGGUGGCUCUUGUCCUCUUUGUUACAAUAUUUGGUGUAUAUAUCUGCUAUAUCUGUAUGAAUCAGAUAACUGUAGAAAGAACGACACUAUUUGCAGCUGAGAAGGCAGAAAGUCAUUGUGAAAUUCAUGACCUUUCACCUGAGGAGAUCCCUUUUGUGCAUUUUCCACAGCCAAAAACUUAUAACAGGGGAGAAUGCUCAUGCACUCCUGUCCGGUUCUUUGUUAUUUUAUCUAUGCAAAGAUCUGGAAGUGGAUGGUUUGAAACUUUGCUAAACAGCCAUCCCAACAUCAGUUCAAAUGGGGAGAUCUUUUCUAUUAGGGAAAGACGAGAUAAUGUCUCAUCUAUCCUGAGGACAAUAGAUACUGUUUAUGCCUUAGACUGGUUUAGUAGUGCUGCAAAAAAUGAAUGUGUGGCUGCAGUUGGAUUUAAAUGGAUGCUGAAUCAGGGAGUUCUCCAACAUCCCAAAGAAAUACUUGACUACUUCAAUUUAAACGGUGUUUCUGUGAUAUUUCUCUUCCGGAGGAAUCUCCUGCGUAGGCUCAUCUCUGUGCUAGCUAAUGAUUAUGACAGACAUGCAAAGCAGUUAAAUGGAACUCACAAGUCACAUGUCCAUUCAAAGGAAGAGGCUGAGAUACUUGCACGAUUUAAACCCACAAUCAAUAUUGCACUAUUGUUAUCCAACCUUGGCCAUGUUGAGAAGACCAUCACAGAUUGCUUGCAGCUUUUCAGCAGUACAAGGCACAUAAUAUUAUAUUAUGAGGAUAUCAUCAAUAAGCAUAAUGAUUUAUCUCAUGUACAAGAAUUUCUAGGAGUACCUAAGAGAAAGUUAGUAAGUCGUCAAGUUAAAAUUCACACAAGACCUCCAUCAGCACAAGUCAUGAACUGGGAGAAUGUGUUCAAAAUGCUUAAUGGAACGAAGUAUGAGCGUUUUCUUCACUAUACUGAUUAUAAUAGUUAGUGUUCACAUAAUUGCUAUCCUGGUUUCUCCUCCUGUUAGCCAAUACUUGUCACAAUUAAUCGGGUUAGCUAUAUUAUUUUUUUGUGGAUCGAUAUUACCAACUGUUACAAGUUACAACAUUGUGUACUAUAAGAUUGAAUGAAAGCACAUAUAAAACAAAACACAGUGGAUAUAUUUUAAAGUGAGAAAAUUUUGCAAAAUUCUUUUAUCAAAA